UUUGGGCUCAUUUUUGGGAUAUUCUGAGCUUCGGGACUAAACCCUCUUCCUUCGCUUCGUUCCAAUCGGGACCAAAAACCCAGAAGCUGUAAAUUUUUUACCGCCGGAAUCUUUAAUCAUGUCGGCGAUUUUCCGAUCAUCUCACCGGAAGAUUCGAUCUUACAGUAACUUCUUCACUCAUCGAUUAUGCUGCCGCCACAGUUCUCCUUCACGAAGCACAAUCAUCUCAAAAUCGCUCUUCACCAGGCCAUUCGUUUCCGCCGCCAAUCCCAAAUCUCCCUUCGAUGCCAUCGCUCUCAGAGUACUUCGUAACGAGAUUGAGUACCAGUCAAAUUACGCUCCUCCUCAUCAGCCUGCAACGAGAUUCGGUGCAUUUUCGGUUGAAGACCGACCGGGAAUGCAGUGGAUUACAUUGAAAGGGAAAUUUGGAGACACUGAAGAUAUUAAAAUUGAAGCGACGAUGUUUGAUGGCUGUGAAUCGGUUCCCAAACUUGGAGACGAUAGCGAUGGUGAAGAGGACCUUCGUCUUCACAUUAGCGUGCUUGUUGACAUUUCGAAGGGGGAAGGUUCUGAGGAUUUGGAGUUGGUGUGCUCGGCAUGGCCUGAUUCUUUGGAGGUUCAGAAGCUAUAUGUUCUUAAACGAGAUAGGACUCUUGCGAGACCCUACAUGGGGCCUGAUUUUCGGAAAUUGAGUGGCAAAAUCCAGACGAAAUUUCGGGAGUUCUUAGCAGAAAGGGGGAUAGAUAAGGAGCUUUCUAUGUUUUUGCAUGAAUAUAUGAUGAACAAAGACAGAUGUGAACUUAUUCGAUGGCUGGGAACUGUCGAGUCUUUUGUCGAAAGAUGAACCAUACGCUUCAUUGACAACAUCGAACACGGUUGUUACCAUUUUUGAAGGUAUUCAAGAUUAUGUUUUCUUCCUUUUUAUCAUCAUUUGCAAUAGCCAUAGUUCAUGAAUCAUGAUUAGUGUUAAGAUCUAUGCAGUUGUUUUAUUUUUUGGGGAUCAUCUGUUAAUAAAAAGCUGAGGGACCGAGUGAUUACAAACAAGUAGAACUUAGUGCCUUUGGUGAUUACAAAAGGUUCUCUACCUGUUGGCCAAGAACACCCAAAAAAGGGUGGAAAACUUAUAGCUUUAACUGACAAAAAGCCUUGCAAAUUGGUCCUGCUAGAAUCAUUGAAAGAAAUGACUGAACUGUUGUUUCUCUAGAUUACUAUUGGUUAUAUGUUGCAGAACUAUGUGAUCUUUGUUAGCAAUGUUGUUUGACUGUAAUUGCUAGCUGCAAUCAUAUCUUUUGGAAAUACAAAUCAUGUUAUGGAUUUGGGAUCUAAAUUUUUCAUGAA